GAAGUAGUGGUAGGUUUUGUUCUUUCAAAUCAACUGUUUUUUAACCAAAUGUGACAGAGUCAUGUCAAGGCGUCUGUGAAUUCAUGUCAGAGCCAUGGCCAUGUCUGUCUGCGACGACACCCUCCUGUGUAACUUCCCAAAGUGCCGCACAAAGCUGAGCGGCUUUGCCUGGGUCACAGCUUGCUCGCACAUUUUCUGCGAUCAGCACGGAUCCGGCGAGUUCAGCCGUUCCCCCGCCAUCUGCCCGGCCUGCUCGUCCGCGCUGUCUGGAAAGUUGGACAUUGUGAGGACGGAGCUAUCGCCUUCUGAGGAGUACAAAGCCAUGGUGCUAGCAGGUCUGCGACCAGACGUCGUUCUGGACAUCAGUACCCGCGCUCUGGCCUUCUGGAGCUAUCAGGUCCAUCAGGAGCGUAUGUAUCAAGAGUACAGCCUGUCACGGGCCGACACGCAGCUGAAGCAGAUGGAGAAGAUGCUGACUCAGCAGAACCAGAGCAGAGAACUGGAGCUCACUGCCAUGAAGGGGGAAAUUGCCUCCCUGAAGAAAGUGACAGAGGAGUACAAGAGGAAGUACAGUGAGGUGUCUGAGAGGCUGAUGGAGAGAAACAGGCAGUACAAGAAACUGCAGGGGCUGUACGACUCUCUGAGGCUGCGUAACAUGGUGGUGGGCGAGGGAGAAAGACGUACAUCACAACAACCGCGACAUCAAGACAACAACGCUGGGGUAUCUCGGCAGGCAACUCCCCAGAAGAGCUCUGUAUUCCUCUCCUUCGGCCCCGCAGGGGACAGUCGCUUCUUCUCCGGCCUGGAGGCUGACGGAGCAGAACCCUUCUUCUAGUUCAGCUCCCCUGCCAGGGAUGCGUGCCGGCCCUUCAUUAGUGAACACUGAGCGGUUUCAUCCUCUGCUGUUCUGUUUUACUCUGUUCUGUUGUACAUGUUUUCCCUGAGUGCAGGGCAAGUGUUUGUUGUCAUUGUUUUUAUUGUUCCUGGCUUAUUGUUGGCCUAUUUUCACAGAGUCUUACAGCUAACCCCGACCUGUUUAACAAAAAGCUUUCAGUUGGGAUAAUUUCCUCAUUUCUGUAUUUUAAUCCAGGAUUAAAGUGAUGAAACAUUUUUUUAAAAAGUCACAAGGGGAUGACUGU